AUGUCCUUUCCUCCAUUUCCUUCACCUUCAAUAUGCCCUUUCCUCCAUGUCCCUCUCCUUCAAUAUGUCCUUUCCUCCAUUUCCCUCUCCUUCAAUAUGCCCUUUCCUCCAUUUCCCUUGCCUUCAAUAUGUCCUUUCCUCCAUUUCCCUCUCCUUCAAUAUGCCCUUUCCUCCAUUUCCCUUGCCUUCAAUAUGUCCUUUCCUCCAUUUCCCUCUCCUUCAAUAUGCCCUUUCCUCCAUUUCCCUUGCCUUCAAUAUGUCCUUUCCUCCAUUUCCUUCAUCUUUGAUAUGUCCUUUCCUCCAUGUCCCUCUCCUUCAAUAUGUUCUUUCCUCCAUGUCCUUCUCCUUCAAUAUGUCCUUUCCUCCAUUUCCCUCUCCUUCAAUAUGUCCUUUCCUCCAUUUCCCUCUCCUUCAAUAUGCCCUUUCUUCCAUUUCCCUCUCCUUCAAUAUGUCCUUUCCUCCAUGUCCCUCUCCUUCAAUAUGUCCUUUCCUCCAUGUCCCUCUCCUUCAAUAUGCCCUUUCCUCCAUUUCCCUCUCCUUCAAUAUGUUCUUUCCUCCAUUUCCCUCUCCUUCAAUAUGCCCUUUCUUCCAUGUCCCUCUCCUUCAAUAUGUUCUUUCCUCCAUGUCCCUCUCCUUCAAUAUGUUCUUUCCUCCAUGUCCCUCUCAUUCAAUAUGUUCUUUCCUCCAUGUCCCUCUCCUUCAAUAUGUCCUUUCCUCCAUGUCCCACUCCUUCAAUAUGUCCUUUCCUCCAUGUCCCUCUCCUUCAAUAUGUCCUUUCCUCCAGGUCCCUCUCCUUCAAUAUGUCCUUUCCUCCAUGUCCCUCUCCUUCAAUAUGCCCUUUCCUCCAUUUCCCUCUCCUUCAAUAUGUUCUUUCCUCCAUUUCCCUCUCCUUCAAUAUGCCCUUUCUUCCAUUUCUCUCUCCUUCAAUAUGCCCUUUCCUCCAUUUCCCUUGCCUUCGAUAUGUCCUUUCCUCCAUUUCCUUCAUCUUUGAUAUGUCCUUUCCUCCAUGUCCCUCUCCUUCAAUAUGCCAUUUCCUCCAUUUCACUCUCCUUCAAUAUGUUCUUUCCUCCAUUUCCCUCUCCUUCAAUAUGCCCUUUCCUCCAUUUCCCGUGCCUUCGAUAUGUCCUUUCCUCCAUUUCCUUCAUCUUUGAUAUGUCCUUUCCUCCAUGUCCCUCUCCUUCAAUAUGUCCUUUCCCUCCAUUUCCCUCUCCUUCAAUAUGCCCUUUCCUCCAUUUCCCUUGCCUUCAAUAUGUCCUUUCCUCCAUUUCCCUCUCCUUCAAUAUGCCCUUUCCUCCAUUUCCCUUGCCUUCAAUAUGCCCUUUCCUCCAUUUCCCUUGCCUUCAAUAUGCCCUUUCCUCCAUUUCCCUUGCCUUCAAUAUGUCCUUUCCUCCAUUUCCCUCUCCUUCAAUAUGCCCUUUCCUCCAUUUCCCUUGCCUUCAAUAUGCCCUUUCCUCCAUUUCCCUUGACUUCAAUAUGUCCUUUCCUCCAUUUCCCUCUCCUUCAAUAUGCCCUUUCCUCCAUUUCACUUGCCUUCAACAUGACAUUUCCUCCAUUUCCCUCUCCUUCAAUAUGCCCUUUCCUCCAUUUCCCUUGCCUUCAAUAUGUCUUUUCUUCCAUUUCCCUCUCCUUCAAUAUGCCCUUUCUUCCAUUUCCCUCUCCUUCCCUAUGCCAUUUCCUCCAUUUCACUUGCCUUCAAUAUGA